UUCCCAGCUACAGACUACGUAGCUCUACGCAAAACAUGCACUAUAUUUUCUGUUAAACUUAAUGCAUUAGCAGUCCUCAAAGCAAAAGUAAAUUUAUUAGGAUAUUUUGAGAUAAGAUCAAGGAAGAUAUUAAUCCUCCUUUUGGAUUAUGGAGCUAUACUAAACUAUUAGUUUUAGAAUUUAUGAUAAUUUUACCCGGUCGCAGAAUGCAUCCGAAUACGUAGCCACAAGAGAACAAUUAAGCAUGAGAAAAUCCUAGAAUUUGGAUACCCAGCCGAGCGCUAUGAUGCAAUUACCUCAGACGGGUAUAUUUUGGAAGUGAACAGGAUACCCCAUGGUAAAAACCAGGGUCCUCAACGAGACAGGCCUAUCGUGUUCAUGAUGCACGGUCUGACGGGCUGUUCUAAUUCAUUCGUAGAGUUGGGCCCUAAAUAUGCUUUAGGUUUCAACUUUGCGGAUGCCGGCUAUGACGUGUGGAUUGGUAAUGCAAGAGGUGUUGGAAACUCCCGCCGUCACAUUUCUUUGAACCCCGACAAUAGAAUCGACAAAUACGACUUCUUUGAAUUCACUUAUGAAGAUAUUGGUCUCAAGGAUCUACCAGCAAUGAUUGACUUUGCCUUGAAUCACACCGGACAAAGCAAGAUCCAUUACAUUGGCCACUCGCAGGGUGGUACUGCAUUUUUAGUUCUCAACUCCAUGAAACCAGAAUACAAUGAUAAGUUUAUCGCUGCCCAUCUACUGGCUGGUAUUGGAUAUAUGAAUUACUUCCCAAACUCAUCGCUGAAACGCGCGGCUUAUUUCACUAACACUAUCUAUACUCUUGCAAGAACAAGUGGUAUCGUAGAGAUUUAUGGACCAGACUGGGAUGAAAGCCGCUCCAGCGCUGCAAUGAGUAAAGCUGACAAUGGCCAGACUGCUAGAGAAUCAUUGGAAGAUAUUAUUGAGGAACUAGUUAGUGAUGCAGAUUUAAUAGCUGGAUCGUCUGUGAAACAAUUCGCACACUAUGGACAAAAUAUAAACGACAGAAAAUUCAGGAGAUGGUACUAUUCGCCACUCACAAAUCUAAUUGUGUACGGCAGAUCUGUCCCGCCAGAAUACGACCUCAGCAAAGUUACCGUCAACACCAUCAUGCACUACACCAUUGGAGAUGAUCUGCUUGAUGAAAGAGAUGUAAUUUCCAUGGCGAAUGCUAUGCCUAAUGCAAGAGUCCGCAGAGUUGCUAAGGACGAUUUCUCUCACGUUGAUUUUGUCGCGUCUUCCUACGUUAAGUAUCUCGUUACUGAAUACAUUCUUGAUGAUCUACGUAGACGAUGAUUUUAAGAAAAAUAAACAUGUGAAGAUA